CUCUCUUUACUGCAUGUUGCCACUCGAUUCUCAAUCCCAUUCAUCUACAAAGGAAGUAAAACAACAUUAUGUUACACUUGGAAGUCUUCCAUCAAGUUACUCGGAUCAUGAUACCAACAUACUUCCUAAAGUGUCACUUUCUUCGUCUACUUCGUCUAUCAGUUCAUGUUCCACCAAACAUUAUAAAACAACUACUACUUUAUCCGACGCUGCUCUUCCUUCACCUUCUUCUUCUCGACACUUUUAUUCUUCAAACUUAGGAAGACCUCCUGGACAACAACAACAACAACAGCAUGGGAAGCAAGUUCGAAAAUCUAUAUCAGCAACAACUGGACCAAAUCAAACUUCUUCCUCUAUUAUGCCAACAGCUUCUUCUUCUUAUCCCAUGACAUCAAUGACAAAUAAAACAGUUCCUAUGAAAGAAUUACAAAAGAUCAUUGCUGACCUUAAGAAAGAAAAUUUCGAUCUCAAAUUACGAUUAUAUCAUUUGGAACAGUUAUUGGAAAAAGACCUGGAAAAAUCUUGGUUAACAGAAGAAAACAAACGGUUACAAAUGGAAUUAGAUGAACGUACGACACAAGUGAAUACAUUGGAGCAGGCUCUAGAAACAUUUGUGAAUAAUGAACAAAAAACGACAUUGUGUGAUGCUAGUACACAAACAAUAACAAUAGGAUUAGCAUCAUUGAUACCUUCAUCUACAUCAUCAAAAUCAGCACCAUUAUCAGCACCAGCUACUUUCAACAAUAACAAUAAUCAAUGUCAUUUUUUCCCAUCUGAUCCUGAAUCAUUUGGUUUAACCUCAUCAAUACCACCACCAUCACAAACCACAAAAGGAAUAUCACAUCCACCAAAUACAAAAGAUUGGGCAAUCAUGGUCGAUCGAUUUCAAAAUGUCAAGAUUGUAUCUCCGAAGCCACCGAAAUCAAAGUAUGGCACUACUGAACAAAAUGAUCGUAUUUCUGGUUGGAUAGAUAGAAUACCCUUUCCUUCCUUCUUAUCAAAUGAUCCUUUAUCAAAUAAUACAUCAUCAUCAUCAUCAUCCAAUAAAUGA